CAGGGCUAUGUUUCCGGAUGUGAGGAAAGAGGAUGUCAUUUAGUAAAAUCAAAAUAAUGUAUUGCUAGGGUGCGUCUCGGUGUUUUUUAAGUUGAAAACGUAUUAUGUUGCUACAUAUUUAAACAAAUGUUUGUAACAGUUUUCCCUGCUGAGUUGAUUUGUUAGCCAGAACCUCAUAUUCCUUUAAAAGAUUGGUAAAGACGUUUUCAGGAAGUGAUGCCAGCUGAAAGUGGAAGCAGUGCAGCCGCACGACAGUCAAAACAGAAGCGCAAGUCUCACAGCCUUUCCAUUCGAAGAACUAAUAGUUCUGAACAAGAGCGUGCAGGGUUGCAGAGAGAAAUGUUGGAAGGACAGGAUUCAAAACUGCCAGUGCCUGUCCGAAAUACACUGCUGGACCUAUUUGGGCAGAUUGAGCGAGAGUUUGAAAACCUGUAUAUCGAGAACUUGGAAUUACGUAGAGAAAUAGAACGUUUAACAGUUGAGGGGCAGACAGUUGAUGGCACAGAGCUUAGUAAAGGACAAUUGAAAACAAAAGCCGUCCAUAGUACCAGCCAGCUUUCUCAGAAGUUAAAAACAACAUACAAAGCGUCUACAAGCAAGGUAUGUUCAUCUUUUAAGUCUACAACAACUUUAACAGCCAGAAAUUUGUUGAGAGAGAGAAUCGGAUGCAGGGAAUGUGUAUGGGUUAUAAGUAUCUCUAAGACUAAACCCGUCAUUUCUUCUGAAGAUCACACUGCAAUGUUGUGGAGCAUUGAAAUGGGGAAGUGCCUUCUGAAGUAUGCAGGGCAUGCUGGUUCAGUGAAUUCUGUUAAAUUUCAUCCAACAGAGCAGAUGGCUCUUACAGCAUCUGGAGACCAGACGUCUCACAUUUGGAGAUACCUCGUACAGCUGCCCACCCCACAGCCAGCUGUAGACACUAGUAUGUCUGGUGAGGAAGAAGUAGAUUUUUCAGAUAAAGAUGAAGCUGAUGCUGAUGGUGAAGGUCUGAGUGAAUGCCCAACAAUUAGAGCACCAUUAACAACACUGAAGAGUCAUCAAGGAGUCGUCAUAGCAGCUGACUGGCUAGUUGGAGGGAAGCAAGUGGUCACAGCAUCAUGGGACAGGACAGCAAAUCUGUAUGAUGUGGAAACAUCUGAGCUGGUUCACUCACUCACAGGACAUGACCAGGAGUUAACCCAUUGUUGUACACAUCCAACUCAACGUCUUGUAGUAACUUCUUCACGUGACACAACUUUUCGCUUAUGGGAUUUCAGAGACCCUUCAAUUCAUUCAGUUAAUGUAUUUCAAGGGCAUACAGAUACCGUAACAUCUGCUGUUUUUACUGUGGGUGACAAUGUCGUAUCUGGUAGUGAUGACCGAACCAUAAAGGUCUGGGAUUUGAAAAAUAUGCGAUCUCCUAUAGCAACCAUCCGCACAGAUUCAGCUGUAAACAGGAUUAGUGUUUCUGUUAGCCAACGAAUCAUUGCCCUUCCACAUGACAAUCGGCAAGUUAGAUUAUUUGACAUGUCAGGAGUACGUUUGGCACGGCUUCCUCGUAGCAACAGACAGGGCCAUAGAAGAAUGGUAUGCUGUGCAGUCUGGAAUGAAGAUCAUCCUACAUGCAAUCUCUUCACUUGUGGAUUUGAUCGUCAAGCCAUUGGCUGGAACAUUAACAUACCUGCAUUAUUACAAGAAAAAUAGCAUAUCAAAUAUUCAAGUACUUAAUGUUAUGAACUUAGAACUUUUUCUGGCUUUUGGAUAUAUCAGUCUAGCAUUACUGAGAGCACUUUCUUGUGAAGAAUCAUAUAAAUGCUGGUAUUCUUGUUACUUCAUUUUUGUGUAUUCACAGUUUGCAUGGAGUUUACCUAAGAAAUGUGACUGUUACUGAAGACAUCUUUCUGAAAUCUCCCCUGUGGGAGUAUUCUUCCAAUGUCAUUUAAGCUAAAAUGUGAAUUCUAUAAGAAGGUCAUACAUGAAUUUUCACUUAGCUUAUGCAUAGUAGAAAAGCAUUUAAGAUUGUGUAACUCAAAUGUGAAAUCAUUUGUGCAUUUGAGUAGGUACAGUAGUAGUCCAAUUUAUUGUCUAAAGAGCUGUACAUAUUCACCUUUUUCCUGUGUGUAUAAAAAAGUACAAGGUGAGAGAGUGUUAAAUUAUGUGGUGCAUUUCUGUUUGUUUAUUGUAUAUAUUUUUCAUUAAAUCGAUAGAUUACUGUAGCAUGUUAUUACACCUUCACAUUUUGCUUUUUUGUUUUUUGGAGAAAGUUACGUGGAGGAAAAGUGAAGAGCAAUAAUUUAUUCUGCAGGCCAUUUUAAAUGGCAUGCAGAGCAUUUUCAUUUACAUGAAGUUUUGCAACACUUGGUUUUCAUGUGUGUGUAGUUUUCAGAAAGUGCCAGUUUAGUCUGUAGUUAUUGUAAUUGUUUUCAUAUAUAAAAAAUGUAUGUACUGUUUAAGGUGCAAGCUGUAUUUCAAAACAUCCUCGUGGGUAGUGUCUCUGAUGACUGUUGAUUGCUUUUAGGAAUUUCAUUGGACUGCUCAGUUUAUUAAUCUACUUUGUACUUAGACUACUAAGAGUUCAUUAGAAAAACACAUUUGCACAGUGGUUAAGAUGUCUGCCUUCCAGCAGCUCCAUUGUCCCAUGGUUCAUUUCAUGUUUCCAGUCAGUGUCUAUGCGGAUUUUGCUUGUUUCUCUUGUAUGUAUGUUUAGGGUUUUCUCUGGGUGCUCGGGAUUCUUUCUUCUCCUAAAACAUUUUGAUUGAUUGGUUACUCUAAAAUUUCCGUAAUUAUUGUAUUUAUUUUUGCCCUUGUCGUCCUCCCUGGUUAAGGCUGAAAAAGUUUUUAGCUAAAUCAGUUUUCUUAGCCAUUAACAAAUGAAUAUUUUAAAUUAAAACACCACAACUAACUAGAAGUUCUUUAAGAAUUGAUUCAUUUUUGCUGAACCAUUGCUUUUGAAUUUUACGAAAUGUAUUUUAAAGAGCCACUAAUUUUGUGAAAAUAAACCACUUUCCAUUGUUUAUUAUCGUGAAACAGUAUUCUCGGAUUACAAAUAAAUUGAAAAGUCUUCUGGGUGUACGUGAGUAAUCAGCUGUUAGUUUCCUGCAUGCUUGUCAGAGGCAUGUAUUUUGCAGAAAUUCAUUUAGCACUGCAGUACUUACAUGCAUUUUGCAUUGUAAAUCCUUUCCCUGUUUGGACAAAUGAAGGAUGAGGAAACCAAACCCUGUACUACAGAAGCGGCUCAGCCUUACUCAUCUGCACUAAGUAUCAGACAGAAUGUUGUAGCUGGCAUAAUGGUUAAGGUGUUCACCGCACAGAAAUGAGGCACAGGGUUUAAUUCUCACUAGGGGAAAUUGGCUAGGCUUAAAAUGGCGCACAAGGGCAGCUAGCCUAGUACUUUCCUAUGAACACAGUGCAUUUCACAAGUGUGCCUGCAGAAAAAGGGUUAAUUAAAAUGUAUUCACAGUGAAAAUGUUAACAUUAAACUAUUAAGCAUCAUGCUGCUAGUUUAUUCAUAGCCAAAUAAUAAACAUAUAGCCAGUAGUUAAUAAAAUAAGAAAACCGAGGAUUGUAUCCAAAGAACAAAAAUAAGAAAACCAAGGACUGUAUCCAAAGAACAUGGAUCACAUGAGAUUAUCUUGUUUAGUACAAUCCUUCCUUUCCAGUAUAACUGCUAUAAACACACACACACAAAAAAACGAAUUUACAGCCAUUUGCAUGACUAUACACAUGGCUAAUAAAUAGAACGAAAAAGGGUAGGGACUUUGUGAACCAAAAAAAAAAAAAAGACAAAAGGAUAGAGCAUGUGCAUUUUCUGAGCAAGAAUAGCUAUGAAACUGUUACUGGUAUUACUGGCUGACUGACUCUAAUUGCCAUUCUCCAGUGAUUUACCUGUAAAGGUGCUUGCAUUUUCUUUAAUUAUCUUGGAGGGUAGGAUCAUAAUCGUAAUUAUCCUGGAUGAUUUGGUGAUUGUGUUUUUUAUAAUCAUCCUUUAGGGCAGGCAGAAUCAUAAUUAUCAUAGAGGCUGCACUACUUUCUUUUUCUAUAAUUGUCCUAGAGGGCACAGCAGGGUCAUAAUCAUCAGAUCAGAUGUGGAUGGGGGAAAUAUAGUCACUCACCCACCCACUCACUCAAACACACCUUCCUUCAAUAUGGCAUUGCAUAAUCUCCUUCAAAAAGAUUUGAGUUUCUUGCUGCAACUCAAGAUGUGAUCUAUUAUGCUUUAAUAUGAGCUUUUCAAAACAAAAAUCUGAUCUCCAGUGCCUUGAAUUUGAUUGUCUCACUUCUCAUUCGCAUACUGACUCUGAAAAAGCACACGGAGAGCAGUGGGGCAGGAGAUUGGAAGGUUCGCACACAGUGCAGCAAAAUGACCCCCCCCCCCCCAACAAGCAACAGGCCCUAGGCAACUGCCUAGGUUGCCUUGUGGUUGAUAUGACCUUGUGUACCACCUGAGAAGCAGCUGGAAAAUGUAAUACAGGAUGCACUUGGUGUAUCAAAACACUGUGUUGCAUGUAUUCUUAAGGACCAGCUAGCAAAAAUGCAGAAAUUAGCAAUGCAUCAGCAGAAAGCCUGCUUUGACUACUUUUUCUGACAGAUGCAGAACUUUAUAAUAGCACUGCCAUUGAUAUUUAUUUGUUUGGUGUAAUUGAAAGCCAUCUGAACAGAAAGUACAGUUUUUCAAGAUCAACCCAGCAGCUCUGGGUGUUUAAGUAACUUGUUCAGUGAAACUUUUGAAAUUGUCACUGUGAGUCCAUUUUUUGUCUGCAGAGUACCAAUAAGUCGCAUCUAAUUCCCUAAGCCUCUGUGCUGUAAAGCUUAAAUGUGAAUGUAUAUUUCAGAUGGUGUAAUACAUAAAUAAGUAAAUUCUAAACUACUGUUUUUAUAUUUAAUUUUCAUUGUUUUAGCUAAAAUAUGUUUAUUUCUGUAUGAAAUGUAAAGUGAAGCAGAAAGCAUUUUUAUUUGAUAUAGCACUUAAUUGCAAAUUGUUUUUCAGGUUGCACAGUUGAUGCGUACUUCAUUUGUAUUUGAAUAUAGUAGGCUAUUCAUUGAUGUCUAAUGGUAAGCAACAGGAAGUAGUCACUGUAAAAGUGUUUAAAAGUAUAGACUUAAGACUAGCACAUUGCACAGGACAAUUGUGUAUCUUUUUUAAUAAGCACCCAUCAUUAUAGAAUAAGUAACUGUGUAAUGCCAACUUUCUGAUGUACCAUGCAUUCUGUGAUCAUCUGUACUUUUGGCAUUUUUGAGGCAAGGGAAUAUGAAGUCACUCCUAUUGAAAGUAUGGUAGUGCAUGUUUUUUUUAAACCUGUGGCAUCAUUUUUCAGAAAACAGUACAGGUGCAGCUUGAACGAUGUUAUUUGGACUGUGCAUUUCGAAUACUCUUUGUAUCACAGAAUUAGUGAUUUAGAUUCAUUUUAGGCUGGAAAGUGAUCAGCACUAUGUAUGAAUUGUUUAAAUGUGUUAUCCAGCUAAAGUAACUAAUACACAGAUUAGUAAUGGUUUGUGAUGUGUUCUUAAA